AUGGACAACUUUGAUAGAUUAAGCGUGCUUUUACAAAAGCGUAUAUCUAUUAAAGAAAACAUAACUUCAUUCGAAGAGUUUCUUGCACAAUUUGACAGUAAUAAUCCAACUCAAGCCGCUGAAUUACAAAUACGGUACAAUUCGAUUAUUUCCUGCCUAACUACCCUAGAAGAAAUAUGCGACGAAAUUCAAUUAAUCGAUGCGGAAACAGACCACAGCCCUGUAAAAAAAUCGAUUCAAAAUUUGUCUUUCCAAACACUCGCUCAAGCUCAAAAUAUUUUGAAAUCUAUAUGGCCACAAUUUAGUGCAAAUGCAAAUCAAGUUAGUCGCGAAUCAUUCUCCGGUAACGAAAAUGGCAACGGAUCGGUUGCGUCGACGAGCCGUAGAAACCUUAAAUUGCCUCAAACGGUACUCCCAACUUUUAGCGGAAAAAUGGAAGAAUGGUUGUCAUUCAAAGACACAUUUCGCACGAUGAUACAUAAUCAUAAUGACCUUUCAAACGUCGAAAAGUUACAGUAUUUAAAAUCAGUUCUUAAAGACGAAGCUUUACGCAAGAUUCAAGUUUUCUCUAUUACCGAAGAAAAUUACGAUCGGGCUUGA